AACGGUAUCUAUGGAUAUAUAUGUAUAAAAUAAUCAAAUUAAAUAAUCCCCAAAUAAUAAAGCAUCGUUUUUAUUUUAGCAAAGAUUUUAAAAAGUGAUGCGUCAGGUCGAAAAGUGAGCAAACCAUGGCGCUCUACAACAGAAGGCGGGUGGUUUAUCGUGAUUGGAGGUUACUUAGUUACGUUGAAGAUUGACAGCUCUCUACAUUUCCGGUCUCGACCACCGUAAGGAAAACCUGCUAGUCACGGGAGCCACAAUGGCGUUUGCAGUCUCCUUCAGAUAGGGCUGUAGAUGUUAUUAAAUCCACUGGCAUCGCCCUAAAUAUAGGCCUGGUUGAUUCCCAGAGCCAUUUAUAAUAAACUGGAACAUUUACUGCACACGAAUAUCCUAUAAUUUCAGAUAAUUACUGAAUUUAUAGGAGAUAAAAAAUAUAUUAAAGGGAACGUGAUUGUAAACAGUACCAACCGGGUCAAGUUUUCCAACCGAGAAACAAGAACGCCUUUAAUGACGUUCAUUGCCGUUUCUAAACUCUUAAAGCUGCAAUUCUGUGGAAUAAAUACACAAUACUAAACUUGGCACCGGACAAGGAAAUCUUUUAAAAAAGGGUAUUUUUCGUAUUUUUCACCAAUCAGCACGCUAGCUGCUCAGCGCUAGCUAGCAGGCUACCAAAAUUGAAACGGAGUAGACCACAAUGAUCUGAUUCUUGGUCUGGAUUUUCUUUAUUUUGUCUACUGACGAAUUCAAAGCAACGUUCCUAUCUCACUGGGUAACUACCUUUUUCAUUUUCUGACUAAAUAUGCGAUCGACCGUAAUGGAAUGAAGUGGCAUUGAAGACCGGAGAGGAAAGGCCUGGUUUGUUUAUUUUCCAUUUAAUUUGUUUGCUUGUUUGCAACAUUUGUUGGCAUUUGGGAAUACUGUUUCCUUGUGAAUGUACCGCCUGGGCCACAGGGGCCCACGCGCAGAAAAGGUACCGUUGCCGACGUGAGGAAUGCCUGGGUCGGACCGACACCAUGGGACCAAGAAGAAGCCGGAAUCUAGCAUUAGCGCUGCCGUGCAGCCUCCAACUGCCAGUGGCAGCAGUAGUGGGCCCCAGCAGACCCAUGUCCCGCCCCACAUGUCGGGUGGAAACAUGACGAGCAAAGACGGUAAGAUUCAGUCAAAGUCGUCAAUGUCUAACUCUGCUAACGUUAAGCGAAAACGGCACAAAUCGACGAAACAUGUUCGUGAAUCUUUGGACCUUGGCUCUAAAGUGUCUACCCAUAGCAUUACGGCGCCUCCCACUGUCAACGCUGUGAAGCCUCUUGUGGAGUACGAUGAUAUUAGUUCAGAUUCGGACACCUUUUCGGACCCACCUACAGCUAAACCAUCAGAUCGUGGUCACAAGGACCGAUUAGAACCCACCACCGAGUACGACAGGGAAGACUCCUGUGCUGCUCCUGGGGGGAGGGAGAACAAGGAGCACAAACAUACGCGCAAAAAGUCCAAAGAACCUAGCAAAGUUAGAGACCCUGGGGACACAGAACAGGGCACCAAGAAAAAGAGCACCAAGGACCGUGAGAAGGGCACUUCUGGAAAAAGCAAGGAGAAGGUUGCAGCUGUUGCCCCCGCCCCUGUAGCCUCUUCAUCCAGACGCCAGGAGCAGCCCGAGGUGGACCCGGUGGCGACUAAGCGUGGGGAGCUCACGCUCUCCUCCCUCACCAAGCCGGCAGCCAGUGUGGGAAGCACCACCUCCUCUGCCUCCUCGUCCCGCAGCAAGGAAAGCAGCCGCUCAGGGAAGUCCCGCAAGGAUAAACAGCAGCGGAAGGAAAGCCGGACUGAGGGCAGCCAUAGCUCCUCCCAGAGGAGCAGGACCGAAAAGAGCCAACGGAAGACCUCCAAGAGCCUUAAGUCCAGCCCCAAGGGCAAGUCAUCGAGCAGGGUUAGUAGCCCACCCCUCCGCAAGGGCACCAGCCUGGCCCAGUCUCCCAGUCCCAGGAGGGUAGCUGGUACUGAGAGCCCUCUGGGCGUCGGGUAUGGGCAGCAUGGCAGUGAGGAUGGCUACCCCAGGCGCAGGGUGGCCCAGAGCCCUAGCCCCUACCGGGAGACGACGAGGCGCAGCAGGCAGAGGUCGGACAGCCCCUACGGCAGCAGGCACCGGUCGUCCAGCUACGAGCGAGACAGCAGCCCCUACUCACGGAGACGCUCCAUCAGCCCGUACGGGACCCGCAGGUCCUCCAGCACCAGUCCCAUUCCCCGGCGCCCCGGGACCUCCAGAAGCCGCUCCCCUCCACAGUACUCCUCGCGGCGCUCCUCCUCGCGGCCCCGCAGCAACAAGCGCCACUCCUCCUCCGCGGCUGGAGGGGGUGGCGGAGGCGGGGGCUCCCACAGCAGCAGACCCCCCAGCCGAUCCCCGCCCUCCUCCCGCCUGCCGCUCAACUCCAGCCUGGGCGCCGAGCUGAGCCGCAGGAAGAAGGAGCGCCAGCAGGCUGCCGCCGCCGCCCGCGCUGCCAGUGGGGCCUCCUCGCCCCCCCCCACACACAGACCCAAGCCGGACUCGACGCGGUCUGCUUCUGCUGCUGCGAAGAAUGAGGCAGCGCAGGCCGCAAAGGACUCUGGGCCGGCCGAACCUCCUCCAGCCCCGCCACCAUCGUCGUCAUCGGCUCUGGCAGCUCAGGGUGCCACUCCUGAUGUGGAGGAGCCGGUGUUAGACGCAACCCCCGUACCGCUGGACUCACCAUCCUGUCCUUCCCCCGCGUCCUCUCUGCUGCAGCACUCUCUGCCUCCCCCGGUCAGCGCCACAGUAGGCCCGGCUCCUCCCCCCCCACCUCCGACACCACCUCAGCCAUCACCGAGGUCUGAGGCCAGUGUUCAGCCACCCUCGGCCCCGCUGGCUGUGCCGCAGCCCAAGUCCCCUGCAGCCCGUAGCCCCAUGCGCCCCACCCCGCUACACAAGACCUCCACGCUGCCCCUCCUGCCACUGCCACCUAUGCUGCUGGUAGACGCUCAGGACAGUCCAAAGAAGUCCACCCCUCCUCAGAGGAUGCAUAGAAAGGAGAAGGAAGUGCGCAGCAGGCCGUCGCUGAUCGACCUGCCUCUGCCCCCCACCUUGCCAGGCGGUCAUCAUCACUCCCCACCUCAGUCCCCCAACCGCCAGGCCUCCCUGCUACCUGAGAUGACCCUCAAGAAGAGACCAAAGUUUUGUUGCCCGCGAUAUGGGGAGCGGAAACAGACCCAGAGUGACUGGGGAAAGCGCUGUGUUGACAAGUUUGACAUAAUCGGUAUCAUCGGAGAGGGCACUUAUGGUCAGGUGUACAAGGCAAAGGACAAAGACACUGGGGAGCUGGUUGCCCUGAAGAAAGUGCGCUUGGACAAUGAAAAGGAGGGCUUUCCCAUCACGGCCAUCAGAGAGAUCAAGAUCCUGAGGCAGCUGAACCAUCGCAGUGUGGUCAACAUGAAGGAGAUCGUCACUGACAAGCAGGAUGCGCUCGACUUCAAGAAGGACAAAGGUGCCUUCUAUCUGGUGUUUGAGUACAUGGACCACGACCUGAUGGGUCUUCUGGAGUCGGGCCUGGUCCAGUUCUCCCAGGAGCACGUACGCAGUUUCAUGCGACAGCUGAUGGAAGGCCUUGACUACUGCCACAAGAAGAACUUUCUGCACAGGGACAUCAAAUGCUCUAACAUUCUGCUGAACAAUAGUGGUCAGAUCAAGCUAGCUGAUUUUGGUCUUGCCCGGCUCUACAAUUCGGAGGAAAGUCGCCCGUACACUAACAAAGUGAUUACACUAUGGUACCGUCCCCCGGAGCUCCUCCUGGGUGAAGAGAGGUACGGUCCCGCCAUCGACGUCUGGAGCUGUGGGUGCAUUUUAGGAGAGCUCUUCACCAAGAAGCCCAUUUUCCAGGCCAACCAGGAGUUGCUGCAGCUGGAGCUCAUCAGCCGUCUGUGUGGGAGCCCCUGUCCCGGGGUGUGGCCUGACGUCAUCAAACUCCCCCUCUUCAACACCAUGAAGCCCAAGAAGCAGUACCGCCGACGUCUGCGCGAGGAGUUUGCCUUUCUGCCGAGCCAAGCCCUGGACCUGCUGGACCGAAUGCUGACCCUGGACCCGGCCCGGAGGUGCACAGCGGAGCAGGCCCUCAACAGUGACUUCCUGUGUGACGUGGAGCCCAGCAGGAUGCCCCCGCCUGAUCUUCCUCACCACCAGGACUGCCACGAGCUGUGGAGCAAGAAGCGGCGGCGUGCACGCCAGAGUGGGCAGCCCGAGGAAGUGCCUGUGCCCAAAGUGUCCCGCAAGGACCCCGCAGGGCCGCCUGUUACGGAAAACAGCCGGCCGCAAUCAAGUCCUGCUGCAGCCCCGCCCCCUCCGCCUGGAAGACCGCCCUCCGCCCUGGUCACAGCCAAUGAGCUGUCAGGCCUGGGGGUGGCAGCAGAGCAGCUGAACCAGACAGAGCUGGCCGUGCUGCUCAACCUCCUCCAGGGCCAGACGGACCUCACCCUGCCCCAGGUGGCCCAGCUCCUCAACGUCUCCAAUCCCACCAGCCUCAGCCAGUCCCUCAGCGCCCUCACUGAGGCGUCUCACCAGCAGGGGGCGUCAGAGGACCAGGCGGCUCCGCCACCGCCACCUCCACCGCACCAACCUUCCAGGCCUCACCCCCCUCCGGAGCCCCUGGAGCUGUCCCCGGCACCCGGAGAGCCCUCGCUCAGCCAGGAGGAGCAGGCCAACUUGCUGGCCCUCAUCCUGGGCCAGAUCAUGAAGCCGCACAGUGAGGGGGCGGAGCAAGGCGACGAGAGCAACGGCGUCCAAUCGGAAGCCUUAGCACGCGGUUCCUCCGCUUCCACCGCCGAGCGCAAGGGCAAGUCUGGGUUUAGUAUAUAGAGGGUUGGAACUAAGGAGAUGUUAUUGAUUGAAAUAAAAAGGACUUGAGUAAGGGUUUGACAUAGAGAAGGCCAGGAUUCUCGGUAGAAGGAAUCGUUUCCCGCCCCCCCGCUUUCCUCGUUUAACCUAAUCAGGUACUAAAACUACCAUGAGAAAUUAAUGAGAUGAUCUAUAUUUUUCUCUUGAAUGUCGCUACUUAAUUUGGAACCCUUUUUUGAUUUGCGUUAAGCACCCCAACCAUACUGCACCGCCACCCCCAUCCAGCAGAGGUCGAACAACAUAUCAGGCCGGCACGUUUUUUUUCUGCGAAAAGUAACAUUUGGUCUAGUACCUCAGAACGUUGACCCCUGGCUGCAGGAGCUAAAUAAAGGCUUAGGACGCCUCCUACCUGAUAGUGGGCCGGGGGAUGUGGGGAGUAGCGAUUGGGUUGGGUGGAGGAUUGAUAAACCUGAAAAUGGCAAUAGUAAGUGAAAGCAAAGCGUUCAGAGGCAAGGGAGUUAAAGCGUGCCAUACCGUUCACCCCCCAUGUCUUUCCCCUGUGCAUCUGUCGUCCCCGUUCCCCUCCAACACCACACCUGUGUCUUUCCUCACUUCAUUUCAUUCAGAACAGGUGUCAUUGAUCCUCACAAGGAAAUUUCUGUUGCAGUCAAAACAGUCUGUACUGUCAGUCUUUUAUGUAGAAAAGUCUAAUAAAUUAUCAAGUGAAAAUAAAUGAAUUUGAAUCUUUAGACUUUACCUGCAUGUGUUUCCUUUAAACGUUGGUUUGUCACAUUUUUGUUUUCUUUCCUUCUUUGUUUGCUGCUCACACAAAUGUAAAACUGUAUAAAAAAAAACGGUUAUUAACUGUUUGUCUCUUGGGAAGUUACGUUUGUUUCCAUGGAAAACGGUCCUAGUCGUGUAACCAUGGCGUCUGCCUUUCAAUCCCUCCCUUAGCUUUAGUUCCAUAGGAAUUUUGAGAAUGGGCAACUUUCCCAGGUUCCUUAUAAAUAUACCCCAAAUAAUGGGCGUUUCAGAGGGUUGCAACUUAACAUCUUGGAAUUACUUGUAUUUAUUUUAUGCCAAUGAAUUGGUUACAAUAUUUACCCCCCCCCACCCAAAGACGGUGAGCAUCAUUGCCA